UCGGGUAAUCGACGUACACUUUUAGAAGUUCUCUGUAGUCAACUUUUGACUGGGAAUUGUGUUAUUUUUUUGUGGAUAUUACAUGGAUUUUACCCUGAUGCGGCUGGAUUUGACUUUCAUACACGGAUUUCAUUCUUAUUCAUUCAUUGGUCAACUUUUUUAAAUACCCCUCAUGGAUAAUGCGGUUUGUUUGUAAACAUAGUGUGACUUUUUAGCAACUUUGUUGCAACUUUUUCAAAAAGUUUUUUGGAAUUGUAUUGGAUUUGUUUGGGUUUAUUUCAAGUGAUGUGUUGUUUUGGUUGUACUGUUCUGUAUGUGUCGGAAUGUAAAAAUAUUCUUACGCCUUAGUUAUUAUUGUGGAAUAUUCAUAAACUAAUUCGAGUGUGGAAUAAUUUAGAAGUGAAAAUGGCAACGAGUUCUCUGCCCGCUGUUUAUGAGGUGGAUGACCAAACGCCAGAAUAUGCUGAAAUUCAGCCUGCACCGAGCCCCAAGCUUAAUCAUGAAAUGGUUUCACAAUGUGGACGACAGUGUGCCAAUUGUAAGGCAUGUCCCGGUCUCAGUAUGCAUUAUUGGAGAAAAAUUUGCCGUCACUGCAAAUGUCCACCGGAGACACACGAUAUGUCUGUCGGCAGUGAUCAAGAUCGAAGUAUUCAACGCCUGAUUCACGAUGCUAAACGUAACUCGACGUCGGACGAUGACAGCGGCUGUCCGCUAGAGGAAUACACCUGGGUUCCCCCUGGUCUCAAACCAGAACAGGUUCAUCAGUAUUUUGGCGCCAUUGCCGAUGAUAAGGUGCCAUAUUUAAACAGUAAUGGAGAGAAAUAUCGUGUUCGACAGUUACUUCAACAGUUACCUCCCCAUGAUAACGAAGUCCGAUAUUGUAACAGUCUAUCGGAAGAGGAGAAACGUGAAUUACGAAUGUUUAGUGCUCAGAGAAAGCGGGAAUGUCUGGGACGGGGAAGUGUACGACCCUUACCCCUCACAAUGACAGGAACUAUUUGUUCAAGGUGUCAUAAUGAAAUACCUGGAGGAGAUAUGGCUGUGUUCGCAUCAAGAGCUGGUCAUGAACGAUGUUGGCAUCCAUCUUGUUUUGUAUGUUCAACAUGCGGAGAGUUAUUAGUAGAUCUGAUAUAUUUUUUUAAAGAUGGAGAAUUAUUCUGUGGACGUCAUCACGCUGAAAUGUUAAAACCAAGAUGUGCUGCUUGUGAUGAGAUUAUAUUUGCUGAUGAAUGUACGGAGGCCGAAGGUUUAUCGUGGCAUAUGAAACAUUUCUGUUGUUUUGAAUGCGACACCCAGUUGGGAGGUCAACGUUACAUCAUGCGACAGGGGAGACCAUACUGCUGUCAGUGCUUUCAGAGGAUGUUCGCGGAAUACUGUGACACUUGCGGAGACCAUAUUGGUGUGGACCAAGGUCAAAUGACCCAUGAAGGUCAACACUGGCACGCUACGGAACAAUGUUUUAAAUGUCAUACAUGUCAGAAAUCGUUACUAGGACAACCAUUUUUACCCAAACACGGUGUUAUAUACUGUUCAGCCGCUUGUUCACGAGCUGGUUCUAUGCAAACGCAGACACCUCGUAGACCUGAAGACUAUUUACAGGAUAUACAAGCAGUGAGAGUUAGCUCCCCUAUCAGUCAUGUGAUGCAGGAGGGUAAUAUGGAUAUACAUGAAGUGUUGCGUAAACAAUAUACGAUAUCGGACAGCAAUCCUCCAUCGGAUAAAGAUCAAGGUUACGCGACAAGUAGUAAUAGUGAGGUGUACGCACCAGGACUUUAUGAAACAACCCAGGGACAAAUCUCUGGUGAACCAGAAAUGGUUUAUUCGUUUAAUUACCAGGAAAUCGGGGAUAAUUCGAUGUAUCAAGAAGCCCGAAAGCGCAAUCGACUCUCCCAAUACUCGAUGCCUGAUCUGACCAAUGAGCACUUGCCAGAAACACCCAGCCCAGAUCGUCAAAGCAGCCACAGCUCUCGGAGCAAGAGUGGCUCGGAGAAAAACUUGUGCGUCAAUCACUAUAUGUCGAUCCAGCCUCCUCCUGGUAUGGUUAUGGAGAUGCAGGCAUGUUGCAUGAUGAACCAACUUGAUAUCAAUGAUGAUCGGGCUGGUGUGAGUAGACCGCCACCGUUGCCAUCACAACCACCACCAGGACGACAGCUUAGUCCAACAAUCAGAGGUUACCCAGAGCUUCCAACACAAAUUCCUGCUGUACAUGCUCGAGGUAAUGCGGCUAAUAUUGCUCUCCCUGAUGACGUAAAGAUGAACCCCAUAACCCGACCUCCACCUCAAGGUCACCAUGUACGAGGGUCAUCCGCAAGGUAUCCCAGAAGUAGAAGUUUUGAAGGAAGACCCAGUGUCAAUGGAUUUGUGGAACCCCAGCGACAUCGGGGUGGCGGCCACGGACGCGACCAUCAUACUAGACGACAUCGAAGGUCGCCAGAAACAGAAUAUCGUCGCUAUCGUUACUAUGACGACGAGGAUAGUUGUAGUACAUGCUCUAGUUCAAGUGAUUCAGACGAAUUUGACUAUUAUUACGAACCUAGACAGGGUGGUCCCCGUAUUUCUUAUGUCGAUGACAUGGCUAUUGGUCGAUCUCGAACACUUCAACCUCGACAAAGACGUCGUCGCUCAAAGAACAAGCAGUGUGUUAUUUCUUAAAUGAUACUGUUACCAUAGUUACUGUGCAUAUUGUUAAAAAAAAACCCAACAUUUUUAUUGAUUAAACAAUUUGUAUAAAUAUAAUAUUUACCAGAUAUGCAAGAAAAUUUAAUUGGAAGUUACAGAAACAAUUAUGGUCAUCUCGACUUCUAAAGGAUAGUGCUUUUCUCUGGAGAUCUUUCUGUGUGUCCGUCAUAUAGGUCUUGUAAAGGUAUUGAAUUCUUGGAUAUCUUUUUGGCGGGGGAAAAAUAUUCAUAUGUGGAUACAUGUAUAUCUCAAGUGCAAAUGUAUUAAAUUCUUGGAUAUUGUUAGCUCAGAGGUAUUAAUUAAUUUCUUGGAUACAUGUCUCUUUGUGGCAAAGAUAUUAAAGUGUUUAUUAUUUGAAGACAUUAAUAAUAAUAAAUAAAUAGUAUUUGAAAUCAUUUAUAGAGGAAAUUAAAAUCUUUUUGUUUUUUUUGUGGAAAAGACAUUCUUGAGGAUUAAUUAGAAACAUAACAUUUAAAAAAAAAACCCUGCAUGUUUGUUCUUUUAUAAUCUGGAUAUGUGUGCUUCCCUGUUCCGAUGUGUGCUUCCGUGGAUCUUGGAUCUAAUGAAGACAAGACUGUUAAACCUCUGCCUUUGAUGAUCGGACGAAUUAUAUACAUAUACCUUGUCGGGUUUUUUUUAUUAUUAUUAUUAAAUGUAAUUACUAUUUAAAGUGUAUAUUAUUAAUGUCUAUAUUGUGUAUGUAAGUAAAACUAAGUUAUAAAUUGUUAAAAACUUUUUGUCGAUAUGUAAAAACCUUUGUUAAUAUGUAAAUAAACGUGUUUAUUAGCCCUGGAAGUAUUUUUCUCCCGUGAAAACUAAGAGAGUCCUUAAACUUGAAAAUUGGAAUAUUAAUGACAAUCUUACUGCUGAUUUCAAAUAAUGCCAAAAUAAAAAUUGGAAUAUUAGUGAUAAAUGUAGUGCUGGUUUCAAAUAACGCCAAAAUAAUGUGUGGCAAUUCUUAUUAGGAUAUAUUUCGAAAGUAGUAGCUUAUUGUUUUUUUUCUGUUGGGUUAAAAAACUUAUCAGGGUGUUAGGAUAUUAAAUUCUGAAGCUGACUUGGUUUAUACUCAUGGAAACUUCAGCAAAAUAUAUCUUUAGGAUGCAGCCGUUUCAUUGGCUAAAAUUUAAAUAUUAGCGUAUUCUUACUUUAGGUUUUAGCCAAUAAAAAUGCAGUUUGCUUAAAUAUUUGUUGUGGAAUUUAUAAGAAAAUUGGGCUUUUUGUGAAUCAGGCUUAAGUAAUUAUAUAUGUAUCCAGGGUGAAAAAAAUGCAUUGCCGUGGUAACUUUAAACCUUAGUUUUCUAUAUAUAUAUAAAUAAAUAUAUGAAUAAUUAUUACAAUGAUAAAAUAUAUAUAUAUAUAUAUGCAAAUGGUUAAUAUGUUGAUAAUAAUUAUAUAUUAUUUUUUUUUUUGCAUGCUUCAAGAGUUUUUUUUUUUUUAUCUCUGUAUCUUAAAGUGGCUGAUCGUCAUUUGAAAUAUUGUGAAAGUUAAAUCUCUAAAAAGAAUAUUAGUACUAAAUGGUUCCCCCAGUUGUAUGUGACAAGGAGUAGGGUUCGCCUGUUCAACCUUGUGGGUUUUCUCCGGGUCCUCCAGUUUCCUCCCACUGCUGAAGACCCCUACACACAACCUCAUCAUAAGGUCUGUCAUUGAGUCAACUGCCAUGGUUAUAUGUGACAAGGAGUAGGGUCGCCUGUCCAACCUCGUGGGUUUUCUCCGGGUCCUCCGGUUUCCUCCUACUGCUAAAGACCCUUACGCGCAAGCGAAUUAUUGAAAUAAAAUUGAACUACAUGUUAGUCCCAAUAUGACCUGGUUUGUGUUGAGUGGACGUUAAACCCCAUUUCUUUCUCUUUAAUCUGAAUGAAUUCAUGCCAGGAGAUUAUCCAAUAUUGAUAUUUAGAUUUUGUUUUCUUAAUUAAAUGUUAAAUAAUCAAUUUGAUUUUGUCCGUAAAAUGCAAAUGGUGAUCAGCCACUUUAAGAUUUCUGUAAAGUGCAAUACCCGAUGGUCACAUUUAAAUGCGGAAUUUUUUUCAUUCAUCACGAUGCAAAAAUAAAAACUGAUGGUUUCAUAUCGUUUCUGAAUAUUUAUCAUUCAUAUUAAUUUUCUGUGUUGAAGAAAAGAAAAAAACAGUUGCACACUACUGAAUAAAAUGUACAUUUUUGUUUUUUUUACUGCCUGAACCUUGCCAAUGCCUCUAUGACUCCAUCAUUUAAAGAGUAGCCUCCUUUUUGUCUGGUCUGGAGUACAAAUCGUUAAUUUGUGUUUACACUUGAAAUAAUAUCUAUAAAAUAUUUUAUUUGCCAAAUAUUGUAUUUAUAUUUACUUACCUUUCAAAUGCAUCAGUCUCAGAAGUUAGCUCUUGUGAUUUUGGUGUCUGUACCAAACGCAGGAUGUAGCCUAUAUGUCGAACCUGUGUAGUCAUUCAGAUGGGAAAAAAAACAAUAUCCCAACAUAUACACGUAAACGAACCCUUGACAGUGGGAAUAAUAGCAGUAGCAGUCCAUAGUGCUGCUGUUUGGGCAAAAUUUCCCACAUAGCACACCAUGCGGCCUAUGCCCCUCUCCAUUAGCCUUGUUGGUAGAGAACAGUAGAAGUUAAACCCCAAUUCAUUUCUGUUUCUGGCCCUAUUUUAACUCAUCUUAAAGAUACAUUAUGUAAAAUUUAGAUAAAAUCAAUAAAUGUCAGAACCGUUCUAAUCUACUUAAAAUCUGACCUAUCCAAUGGCAUCGAGACUUGAUUAUGGUCUUGUCAUGUUAAUAAAUGUCUAAUUAAUAGUUUAUAUAACAUUUCAGACCUAAAGAAAGACCUGCAAAAGCAGAUAAGGAUUGUAGAAAUCAAAUUUUUUCACACAUAACAGACGAGAAUCACAAUAUUUUUUUUUUCUUUGUUUUCCAGUGCUUGAUUCGGAAGAAUGCGUCUAAAGAAAGACCUGCAACAGGCAGAUUGAGCUCUUGCAUUAUGCAUGUUUAAUGAUGGGUAACCUCUUCCUAUGUUAUGUUAUUUGAUCAAAACAAAAUGCGAGUAAGUUGGAUGGAAAUAAGAAAUAUAAAUAUAAAAUUUGAUAAAUAAAGAUUGUACGAUAUUUAAUUUCAAAAUACAAACAAAAUUCUGAUUUGUAAUUCAAGAUGCACAGACAUUACUAAAACCAUGCUGGCUUCCAUAUUCACAUCAAUGUACAUUUAUACUCCUGCUUUGCUAAAUAUAUUUAUAUACUUAAAAAAAGACCCCCAAUCUGAUAGGAAUUUAGUCUGUAGUGUGCAACUGUAAAAUUAGUUUUAAAUACAUGUAUGUAUAUUGCUAAAAGCUUAUGAAUGAUUCUUAAGAUAUUUGAAAUAUUAAACCGGCUUUGAUAAAGAUCUUGUACCCCCUCAGACAUAUUUGUUAAUGUUCCUCUGCAUUUAAAAUAUAUUAAAUAUUCUUAUAUCAGUCAAAUCAAACAUUUAUGUGCAAUCUGAAUAUUUAAAUCUUGGUUGUGAUUCUUAGGAGAACCUUUUCUCAAAAACUUGAAUUUUUGAUUAGAAUAAGAUAUGUGAUGAUGAAUACGAAGACCGUCUGUAGAUAAUCAUACACCCUCACUGCCUUAUAAUAAACUCCAUGUGUGGAUGUUCACUUUACACUCUUGGAAGUUUUUAUCAACCAAUGUAUCUUAGAUUUGGCAGGCAUAACAUGUGCCUUGGGCACCAUUUGAGGACGUUACUGAACAAUUCCUAUCGAAGUCCGACAAGCCAUCUUUGAAAUAAUAGAAAAAAGUUAUCUAAAUGAUUGGUGUCUGAUGUUUGGACCUUGGCCGCGCAUUGGUGCAAUUUCAAUGCUUGCCAUCAGUGUUAUUUUCCUUAUGACAGUUGAAAUCUGAGCACCCAAGAAGGAUACAUUAUGGCCCUUGUGAAGGACUCGAGUACAUUUACUCUGGCUUUCCAGCCAAAUGUCAAAGAGGUGCUAUUUUUAUUUUUCGGAUAUUUACGUUUUUGAGAAAUGGGUCUCCUCGUGUUAACAUGUACAUAAUACUAUCAUUCAUAUGCAAAAUUACGAUCCAAAUCAUCCAUUGAUUGUAACCAAUAAUGCUUCAACUUUCUUGCUAACUUUUUCCUCUGGGUUUCAUACCCAAUGCAAUCAGCCGUACCAAAAUUGGGAUUUUAGGCCAAGACUUCAUGUAAAAGGAACCUUUCUACCAACAGGCAUUGUUGAACGAUUGCAUUGAAUUGUUUCACUAUCUGCCAGGACUUAAUUCAUGUACACAUGUAAAUGGAACCUUUCUACCAAUCAAGAGACAUCAGUUAGUGAGAAAUUUGAGGUGUUUCUGAGAAAAUGUGAAAAUGGUCCACUGUAUUAGAAUAUUGUAGGCUACUUAUAAAAUUGUAUAUGUAUGUUUGGAUUUUUUUUCUCAAUUCCUCCUCGACACAUCAAUAUAUAGGGAGCUACAACUUUAUUAGGGUUUUUCUUUUAAUGUCGGUUGAAAACAAAUGUAAUGAGAUUUUUCCUGAAUUUCCCCUUCCGACUUUUCUUGGAAGACUUAAAAAGUUAUUGGAAUGUAGGCCUGGUUGCAAGGCCCCAUGUAUCCAUCUUUGAAUACAGGCCCUGGUAACAAGGCCCCAUGCAUCCACGUUUGAGUAUAGGCCCAGGUCACAAGGCCCCAUGUAUCCAUCUUUGAAUAUAUCCCUGGUAACAAGGCCCCAUGCAUCCAUCUUUGAUUUUUUGUAAUGAAUAAUGAUCCUUAAUUAGAAAUACUUAAUAUAUAUGGACAAAUAUCAUAGCCAACAAGAAAUUACGCUCUUGUAUUAAGAAUCAGUCAAAUCACAAACUUAAUAUUGUGUCUGAACAUAGGUCAAGCAAGUUGAACGUUUCCGUGGUUUUUAUAGACAAGGGGACAUCACUCUAUAAUUUCUGUAGCUCCCCCCGUUUGUUUCAGCAUCAUAUAUGAGUGGAUAUUUUGGUCUUCCUAAUAAAAACAGGGUGUUGUUCUAUUUGUUUAUUGUCAUUCAUUAUUUAUCUACAUGUAUAUGUUAUCCACAUGAUCAAUAAACAAACAAUUUAUAAGUUUUCAAACAAAAUACUCGUCUUCACUUAUAUUUUAUCUCAGUCAGAUUAAAAUACAGAUCUAUAUUU